AUGGAUUAUGGAAAGUUAGUCAAGAGACAGAAUAAUAACAUCGGCGAGGCAGAAGAUAGAUUUAGUGAAUUGCCUGACUCGAUUCUUCAUUAUAUCCUUUCUUUCAUUGAUACCAAGUGUGCUGCUAGAACUUGUGUGCUAUCUCAAAGAUGGAAUCACAUAUGGCACUCUAUUCCAACUCUAGUAUUCCAUUACUGGAAAUCCCCUUCAUUGUCUGAGAUAAAUAAAUUCAUGGAUUUUUUGGAUAGGACAUUACUGCUUCGUGAUGCAUCAUCAAAUAUUCAGAAGUUCUCUCUUGCUACGCAUAAAAACAUGAACGCAUCUCGGUCUCUUUUUAAGUGUGAAUCACUGACUAAAUUGAAGCUAAGUGCAUCCCGUGCUAUUCAUAUUCCUAAAAGUGUCUCUUUUGCGAAACUCAAGAGCCUUUCACUUGAAAGAAUUCAAUUUAGAGAUGAUUGCUGGAAAGAGCAAUACUUUUCUGAUUGCCCUUUCCUUGAGAAAUUAAAUUUGGAAGACUGCACUUGGUCUAGUGUGAGGAAAUUUUGUAUCUUCACUUCAGCUCUAAAAGUUUUGAACAUUUGGAAUCAAUCGUUAGAGAAAGAUUACGGGCUACAAAAUUGUCAUCUAAAAAUUCAUGCACCAAGUAUGAUAUCUCUUACUUACUCUGGUUGUGUGGCCAAGGAUUAUGACCUAUCUAGCUUUCCAAUACUAAACACUGCACACGUCGUCUUUGAUGCAAGAAGGGAGCACAUGAAUGCAGCUUGCACUCUUGGUGAUGAAAAUGAAUAUGAUGAAGAAACUGAAGGCUUGUGUCAACACCUCGAGUCAGUUAACUUCCGUGCAUUUACUGGGGAGAGGAGUGGGAUGAGAUGGGAAGAAUUAAUUUUGAAGAAUUCAAUGUCUUUGAAUAGAAUGACUAUUUCAUAUUGUUCCUUUGUGAAAAGCGAAUAA